GAGGGACUGCGGGUUAUGACGUCACAGAUGGAAUUGAGGGUGAGCAUAAAAGUGAUCCUUUGUCUGUUAACGGCGAUUCCAUGUCCAAGUAUCGUGUUUUAGCUUAAAGGUUCUUUUUAUCAACUUCAUACAAGAUAAUGGCAAGAAAAGGAAAAUUUACAUCGUUUGUAGAUCAUCAGUUACUACUAUUAACAAUAUAUGUUUUGAUAGGAAAUACUGUUUGUCUAUCUUUGGAUAGUUUACACGAAAGUCGAAAUCCUGAAGAUGAAAAUUUUAAAAUGGCUUUAGAUAGCAUUCAUCAUCGGAGGAACAUGGCCGAAAAGAGAAGAUAUCAUUUUGAUAGCCGUUUUACCAAGAAAGAUCCUCAAUUAGAACAAAACGAUGACGAAUACGAUAAUAAAAAUUAUCGACCUUUAAAUUCUAUUUAUUCUCCAGCUUUAUCGAGAAAUAUACAGAGAUUUCUGUCGGAGAUUGAUGAUGAUGAUAACAUAAAAAAGAAACGAGAUAGAAACGACAAGUACGAAAUUAGAGAAGAAGAAGAAUUGAAACCUGAUGUCACCACGUAUGAUGGAAGGAGGAAGAAAUCCCACAAGAGACUUAAUUUAUUAACAAUAAACAUUUUAUGA